AUUUAGGAGACUGAAUGUUUAACUUAGGGCCUGGAUAAACUUUAUUAACAGAAAAACCAGAAGCUUUGGAAAGAAAAUAUAGUUUAAUUUGACUGUGUGAAUAUUUAAAAAUUUAAAAAUGCCUUUCCGGUUGUUUACAUAAAUAUAAUUUUUUAAGACCAUGCACUUUUCAAAAAUUUUUUUGAAGUUUUUUAUUUAUUUAUUUUGAGAGACAGAAAGAGCAAGCAGGGCAGGGGUAGAGAGAGAGGGAGAGAGAGUGUGUGUCAGUGUGGAGUCUGAUGUGGGGCUUGAGCCUAAUAACUGUGAGAUCAUGACGUGAGCCCAAACCAAGAGUUCCUAGUUUAUCAUAGUGGGGAAUGAUAUUGAAGCCCAGAAUAUGAGUAGUAGGGGUGUUCUUUACGGGGCUAGCAAUGUUUCUGGCCAUUCCAGUCUGUACAGCUAGACAAAAAAUGCAUGCUUAAAAAUCAUUUUCAAUUCUCUUUAACAUUAAACAAUGUUUUAUUUUGUUCUUUUAUUUCCUGAGUAGGUCUAUUUUUUCUCUUAUACUGAAAUUUUGAUUCUUAACAUUAUUAACUAAAACAUGUGUUUAUCUUUCACUGUAAGAAACAUACUUUCAAAUAACAAAACUAAUAUUAAAACUACCAAGAAAAUGACUGAAAGAAAUUUAAAAGGUCGUUGUAGUUCUUUUUGUCCUUGUAGUGUUCUGAGCUGUGUUCUUUUUUUUUAAAUGUUUAUUUGUUUAUUGAGAGAGAGAGUGAGAGAGAGAGAGGGAGAGAGAGAGGAAGCAGGGGAAGGGCAGAGAGAGAGAAGGAGAGAGAGAAUCCCAAGCAGGUAGAGCCUGAUUUGGGGCUUGAACUUACGAACUGUGAGAUCAUGACCUGAGCCAAAAUCAAAAGUUGGAUACUUAACCAACUGAGCCACCCAGGUGCCCCUGAGCUGUGUUCUAGAGUCACUGGACUUAAAUCAUUUUUAGGUGUUGGAAGAAAUUUUAAUAUACAGCUAUUUUUUAAAAUAUCUUUGUUUUAGGGAUUAGUUCUUAAAAAUACCUAUUUUGAAAGUUUUUACAUAUGUAUGCUUUUUAUCUCUGUUGCAUUACAUAUUUUCAUUUACUUUACUCAUGUUUAUCAAUACUAUACAUAUUAACUUGUACACUUUUAUUUUAUAUUUUCAGAUAUACAGAAUAAUAGACGGUCUGCAGUGAAUAUACCCAGAAUUAUUUACCAAAUAAAAAAGCAGAAAGGGAAAUCAAAGACAAAUGUUCUUGUUGUAUCUGUUUUCAAGUUCUUAUUGAUUGAGCUCAUAAUGAAUUAAUUAUAUCAGUUAAUUAAUUAGGACAUGUCACAUGAGUUAGUAUUCACUAUGAUGGGUAAAGUAAAUAAAAAUAAAGUGCUUCAUAUGUAGGGGAAAAGUUUUCUUCCCAUAACGUGUGAUAAGCAUUGUAUGUAUGUGUGUGUAUGUAUGUAUUUAUGUAUGUAAUGUGUCUUAUGUGUUCUGUAGUUACAAAUCAGUGGUUGACUCCAUGACGAAUUUGUUAAUGGUAAAAUUUUUCAUUCUAUCUGAAAUAUAAGUAAUAUACUUGAUUAUAUUCAUUCAGGAAAUAUUUUGUAAUAUUGUGAAAUUAUAAAAGCACUGUCCAGGUUUUGGGAAUACAGCCUUAAGUGAACCAAGACCCUGAACUCAUGGAGCUUAUAUUGUGUUGUGGGAAACAGCCAACAAAGAGUCUGACCUUGUCAGCUUCCUACCAUCUAACCAACCUCCGCAAUUCCUACAAUUGGGCGGCAGUGCUAACAUUGCAAUUUCUGUCUCCUAUACGUCCUGCCGUUUUACUGUAACUAUUUGAAGACUUCCAUUGGGCUUUCCAAGUCUACUCAAUAUUAAUGGUACCCUACUGAAAUUAUAGAAGAGAAUUAUUAAAGAAUUUUUCAGAGGAAACAAAAUGUUGUAAAUAGAUCUGUUUUGAAAUAUUUUUGAAAAAUGUAUAUUUAUAAGAUACAUAGCAGAUAUUUAGUUGGGUAUUAAAAAGAUGAUUUUUUGCCUUGCAGAAGAAUUUUAUUUAUGGUUACUUUUAUUUUUUAUUUAUUUUUACAUAUAUUUUUAAAUAUUUUUAGUAUCUUUAAUAUUUAAACAUAUUUUUAAAUAUUAUAUAUUUAUUUUGAGAGAGAAAGAGAGAGUGGGAGUGGAAGAGGAGCAGAGAGAGAGGGUGGGAGAGAGAAUCUCAAGCAGGCUUUGUGGGGUCAGUGCAGAACUCACAAACCCUAAGAUCAUGACCUGAGCCCAAAUCAAGAGUCGGAAGCUUAACCAACUGAGCUACCCGGGCUCCCCUCUAGGGUUACUUUUACAAAAUAAGUUCCCCUAAUAUUUUUCAAAUGAUUUAAGUUAGAAAUAUCCUGUUGACACACAAGCUGUCUCUAAUUCUUACUAUAAUGAGAAGGUCUGUAUAUUUUCUCUUGUGACCCAGGAUUUCCCAAGCUUGGUCAACUUAUGAUUGUAAGUAGGAUCACAAGAAUAACAAUAACCUAUACUUCAGUGGCUUUGCCCCACCUGCAGAACUUCAAAUCUGUACAAAGGCUUGAAUCUUCUCCCUUCCCUGCAAAUAUUUUUGGGAAUUCCCAAAGUGUCUAAUUAUUAAGAACAAAUCUGGUCAGCUGCCUUGCAAGUAGCAUCUGGUUGGCAUUUGUGACUACUUCUAUGGAUACUACUGUGUCUCCCUGGGCACUGUUUCAGUUUUGGCUCUUCUCUGGACACUGCAUCCUCACAAUGCACUCCCACACUAAUGUGAUGACACUUUCAGAGAGCCAAGAUCUUUGGCAAAGUCCUGAAAAUGCUUCCUUUCCCUUUUUCUUUUACUUUCUGUGGGGGAUACCCUAAUUGUAUAGCUAAUUUGUGCUCACUGCCUUAAGAAAGCUUAGUAAGACUGUUUAUGGCCUCUCUUUCCUUCCAUCUACUCCGAAUCCCUACUGGAGGGAUCUGAAUGACAUACACCAGCCUGUGCUCAGAAUCACUCUUCUCCCAAGAUAAUUAAGGCAUCGUUACUAGACUGUCUUUGCUAGAGCUGACCCUUGUACUUAAAUCUGUGUUCUCUCCAGACGGAUCCUGUAGUCUAGUGUAUAUACAUAGGCUUGUGUCAGUCUGCCCCGUCAGUUCUCCAACAUCAGGACCUGUCUGAGCCUUUAACAGUAGUUGUGGAGACGUCUCCUACACACUAAAUUUAUCGAUAUAAAAUUUUUCACUAGUCUCUGAACAAAGUGAUAUACUAUCUUACUAUCUUACUUAUACUAUCUAUCUUAUACUAUCUUACUUUAUACUUCAUGACAUAAACUUGAUAUUUAAUCAGUUAGGCAUAAGUGAAUAAUCAUAUGGAAACAGUUUUUCUAUAGUGUUUUUUAAAAUUUAUGUGCUUUGUUUGCCAUGACACAAUUUUAGGGGGCAUAAAGAACCCAAUAAACAUUGCUUUUUGUUAGUAUUUUCCUUUCUAAGCCUUGUUUGUGUACGUAUAACUUUGGGUGGUUAUAAACGAAAUUGUUUUCCAUACUUUUUGUUAAAUUUAGUUUAUGCACAUAGUUAGAUUUUUAAAGACUCCACAUUUUACGAAUACAACGAGCAGAAGCUUUUCCAUAGUGUUGGGGUAGCAAUAAUUUGAUGAAUGCUAUGUACAGGUAGUCCCUACUUUUCAAAAGUUUGUGUUAUACCCACUGUGCUUUUAUAAAAGACUUGAUAGUACUACCUGCUUUUACUCUCUGGAAGAAAUCCAAAGAAGAUUUUCACUUUUAUGAAAAGGAAAGAAAAAUGAAAAUAGCAUUCAGUGUUUGUGUUGUGGCGAGCUGUUAUCGAGGCUAUCCAGACCUGAGCAGCAACAGUGGCCCCACCAAGCUCCUUUCCCAGAACUACACUCAGUAUCAAGCAGCCAUAAUAGCUUUGGACCGUGUCUUUGAGCACCUAUGCUUUACCUCAAUUGAUUUUGUGUAUCACUUAGCAAGAAGUGUCCUAGGCUAUUGGAAAGGCCUAAGAGAGGUUAAUUUUUGCUCUGGAAACACUCAAAACAUUUUCCAUAUAAGUUAGUGAUAAUUGCUUCUUUGCUUUAUUCCAUUUCAGCUUAUAAAAUAUUUCAUAGGAAUAGGGAAGCUCUUCUUUCUGAUAGCAGGGGAAACCUGUAUUUGAAUUACUUCCAAUUUAUGCCAUCCUGAAGAGCCUUGCAUUAACUAUUUUUAUACAAAUUAUUAUAGAGGAUUUUUAAAAAUUGGGAUAUAGUCCCACGAUGACAAUUGGUAUUGGUAAUAUCAAUGUAUUGGUAUUGUUUGAUAUUUUCAGAUUGCUUUCAGAACAUUCCUACCUCUGACAGUCGUUAUGAGAAUUAAGAGAUAAGUGGUAUAACCUAGCUCUUAGCACAGUGUUAAAUUAAUUAAGCAUGGAGGCCAUUAGAUUGAGGUGCCUCCGAUGCCUAAACCUGUAAAUGCCUCAAGAUUAUGCCGUUUAAAUCUAAGGCAACAAAUCACAAACAACCAACUAGGCUUUCCUAAAUAAUGCAUGCGCUUAAGCUAAUACAGUCAAAAUAAGUUCCUUGCUUUGUUUCCAUGUCUUCCCUAUGAAAGUCUUGGCCCUACCUACUGUCUGUGGAGAGCUCCUAAUCACUUCUGGUUUAGUCAUGCCUAAUCAAUUCUGGUUUGGCGAUACCUGAUACGAAUAGAUUUUUGUCCAAAUAAACUUAAACUUUUUAAUGUCCCUCAGUUUAUUCUUUAACAACAGUUACUAGUACUUAUUUGGCCUUCAGUAAGUGUCAGUAUCCUUCCUUCAGAUAAUGAUUUUUAAAAUUAUUUUGACAUUACUAAGCAUUUAAUACAUAGUCUGAGAUGUACGUAGUCUCAAAGCAUGCUGUGAACUGGAGGAAUAUAGCGCUGGGACCAACAGAACUCAUCCACCUGUGAGGCUGGCACCAAAAAGAGAAGGCUUCCAGUCCAAAUCCCUGACUGGGCCAAGGAUGAUUCUGAAAGAAGUCAUUCAAAAGACUUGAUAGGUAAUACUUGAAAUCAGGUGAGUAGCUCUGUAUCAUUUGAGUUCGAAGAAGGUCUGAGGGAAGAAUCUACUUAGGAUGGUUCCAGCCAGUUGUGUGAGAAAUGAAAACAGGCUGAAACCCAUGUGAACAAGGCAAACUUAGUAUUGACUUUCACCCAAAUUUUGCAAAUUUUCCAAAAGCAAAAUAGCUAUUGUAUAUUUGACAACAGCUGCCAUUUAUUGAACAUAAUUGGUCCAUCAAAUAAGUACUGCCAACUUUUUAAAGACAAAAUUUAGGUUUAGAAAACAUAAUUUGCCCAAGUUUACACAGCCCAGUAUGUAGGUGAUAAAGUUGGAAUUUAAAUCUGGGUCUGACUGAACCCCAAAACUCUUCAUUCUCGAAGCUGAUACUGCCUUCACUUACAGUGUGUAAAAUACUCAUUUUCUUCUAAGCUUUGUGCAAAUCAAAGAUUCUCUUUUUUCCCGUAUUAAAGCCUUUUAAAUACAAAUAAUUUUGCAGAGCUUACGUAAAUACUAUUUGGAAGUAUUUGCAACUGUUUCCUAAUUAAUUUUUAUAAGUAUGGAGCACUCUAUUGUGAGCUAUAAAAAAAAAAGAAUAUAGUAGUUAAAGAACAUAACAUAAUUUAUUUUGUCUAACAUUAUUACCUGAAAUAACAUGAUACAUAAAGAUAUGGGUAAAAAUGGUAAUUAAGCAAAACCCAAAAUAUUAUCAUACAUGGUCACAAACAUAAAAUAAGCGUGACAAGUUGCGAUUUUCUUAAAUCUCAUUAUCCCCUGUCUUUUUUUCAUCAUUCCUCUUCCAAGAAGAGACUCAGUAGAAAGCAAAGGACUUUGUUAGCAUAACACAUAGAGUCCCGUUAUGCCUUUUAGCAUGAGAACUGCUUUUCUUAUAGAUUUGUUAAUUUCAAAUUUCAUAGGAUGCCUAGGAGAGUGAGAAAAGAUAAAAAGAGAAAACAAAAACUGGCUGAAACUAAUUGGAAGCUAGGACAUCAAGUGGUAGGCAGAUGGAUGAAAAGAAAUUAGGGGGCCAAGGAGAGUGGAGAAGAGAACAGGGAAGAAGACCAGAGAACGAAGGUACUGCCAGCUGUUCCCUGGGGUAAAUUCUGAUAGGCGUAUAACUUAAUAGGACAAAUAAAGGUUUACAUUAUCUUACAGACUUUCAGUCUGUGUGUUCAUCGUCUAAUAAGAUUUUCUUUCUGGCAGUGGAUUGCAGUUUCUAAAUAUUAAUGGCAUAAUUAUCUUAAACAUAAGGGUCAUGAUGGAGGGAAACAUGUUCUACUAAGGUUAAGAGAAGUGGUUGGGUGUCGUGAAGAGUGUUCUCAGAUGAGGACUAAGGACAAAUCGAAACCAGGGAUCUGGCAGGCUUUACGUAGGAAAAGAAUCCUCUGAUGAACAUUUCCUAGACAGUUCCUAUGAGCAGACCCUUAGCGCCCACAGAUUUAUGCUUGCUGAGGACAAUGGUCUAGCUACAAUUAAAUAUAAAGUCUUCAAAUUAAAAUGGGAUUUGUGGUGCCUGGGUGGCUCAGUCGACUGAGCGUCCGACUGUGGCUCAGGUCAUCAUCUCAAGGUUGGUGGAUUCGAGCCCCGUGUUGGGCUUUGUGCUGACAGUGCAGAGACUGCUUUGGAUUCUCUGUCUCCUUCUCUCUAUCCCUCUCCUGUUUGCAUGCUCUCUCUCUCAAAAAUAAAUAAGCACGAAAAAAAUUUUAAAUGGGAUUUAUGUUAAUCGACUCUGAAUUCAUCCACACUAAAAUAGUAACUAGGUAAUCAAGCACACGACAUGAAAUUCUUCCUAGACUUGAUAAAUGGAAAAUAAUGAAGUGGGAGAGGACUAUGAGGGAAAAAGAUGAAGAAGAAAAAAAUAGCUUGGUAUUUUAAAGAAGACAAACGAUAUAUUUUAUAACUUUGCCUGUCUUUUACUUAGUGAUAUUUAUUUGAGUGAAGGAAAAACAACCUGUUCAAAAGUAUUUCUGAAUUAACUGCUGGUGUUUCUUUUCCACUUGGCAUCAUAUGUGAAACAUUUCUUUUAAAGCAUAUGCCAACUCUUUUCAAAGGGAGCUUUGUUUCAGAUGAUCCAUUAACUGAGGUAUCAUUAUAGAAAUUGGGUCAAAAUUCAACGUAUAAUGCAGAACUCCUUAGUACAGUUUAUUUUUCACUUUCCUUUCUCCUCCCCUUCAAUGUGUCUUCAAACACAUUCUUCCUCUUCUCAGUGCCAGCGUGAUUUCAGAAGAUUCUGUAACAAGUUCUCAGAGGCCCAUUGUGCAGUAACAGAGAAUUCUGGCAAUGAGCUGUAGGUUCUGUCCUUGCCUCCUUUCCUGAGUGGAAGGGUGCCCUCAUCCCUCACAAAUGACAGAGUAGGACAAGUGUGGCCGUGGCCUGCAAGCUUGCCAAGCACUAGGAACCCAAGCAAGAACUUGUCAUGCCAAUCAAACCUGUUGGGUGGAUAUGUGGGCAGGUGUUGAAGAACUUUUCUGGAAGAAUCGAGGGGAUCCAGAAAAUAAUCAUGGACCUUCUAGAUGAGUUUAAAGAUGAAUUCCCUACCAUCCUAAGAUUAUCACGGUCUGAUCAGAAAAGAGAACCCAUGCGAAACCCAUCCAAAAUCAGAAUGGCUGUUGCUCUAGCGAAGAUCAACCGAGGAACAUUAAUUCAAGGAUUAAGCAGCAUAUCCAGAUCUUCCAAAUCAGUGGCCAAACUUCUGCAGCCUCAACUUGCUUGUAGACUUUUAGAAUUAAGGGACAUAUCGCAUCGUUUGCUGAGGGAGCUUAAUGUACAAAAGCAACCCGUAUGUAACAUGCAGGUCAGAAGGGGUUCUUUGUUCGAAAUCAUUUCUUUUCCAGCAAAGACUGCUUUAACUAGCAUCAUGUAUGCUUCAUAUGCAGCACUAAUUUAUUUGACAGUCUGUGUUAAUGCUGUGCUGGAGAAGGUAAAGAAAAUUUUCCAAGAAGAAGAAUCCAUAAGGCAAAACAGAAAGGAGAGUGAAAAUCUUAGAAAAGCCUUUUCAGAGCCUGUGCUUUCUGAACCUACGUUUGAUGAAGGUGAAAUCAAAGCAAAACCUUACAGGUCAUUACUGGAGAAACCAGACAGUAUUUUGGAUUGCUCCAAACUUCUUGCCAAUAAGUUGAGUAACAAGAUCCAGGUUUUACAUUCUGUGUUUGACCAAUGCACUGAAAUGAAUGAAUGAGCAAAUCUGAACAUAAAUAUCAUUGAGUGGAGCUUAAGAGCUAUCUAUCUAAUCACAUUUCAACUGACAAAACUAAGAAACUAGUUUUCAUAUACUAAUGCUCUGCUUUAGAAAAGGGGUAGAGAACUACUAAAAUGUCAUUCUCAAGUACUUAUAUAGUGGAGAAAAUAAAAUGAAUCUUGAUGUAGAAUUUA